AUGACGAUCCACGCUCUUCGCCGGCUGUUGCUGACCCUUGACAGAGGGCGGCAGAAAUGCCUUGCAUCCUCUUUUCUGAAGCGCCGCAGAUGCUGCCGUCGGCGGCCGGCUGCUCUGCGAAUCACCUCACCCCUCCGGGGCGCAGCGGACAAGGAAGCGCUGCCCAUGUCGCAGGCAGACGGCACAGAGGCCUGGUACGGCCACUGCCCCUGUUGCAAGCGACCGCUGGCGCUUUCUGGGUCAGUCCCCAGGGGCCCGAGGGAGCCCUUGCCGGCUGCCCGGGGCCGGUUUGCCUACGUCAUCAACUUGUGGGGCAAGUCCAGCGAGUAUGUGCUUGGCGCUCUCGUGCUGGGGCACUCGAUCAAGCGGAGUGGCUCCAAGCACGCGUUGGUUUGUCUCUAUGCCGAUGACGUGCCUCCGUCUUGUGUGCUUCUAUUGUCCAGAAUUUGGGACUGCCGGCCCGUGCAGCAUAUCGCGGUGGCGGCCGACAAGCUCGGAAACUCCUCUCCAGGACAUCGCUUCGCAAAGGUCUUCACGAAGCUGCGUUCCCUGGAGCUGGUUGAGUUUGAAAAAAUUCUCGUGCUUGACAUCGACAUUUACGUGCGCGGCAAUGUCGAUGAUCUUUUUCAGUUACAAGCACCCGCUGCUAUGCGACGAGGGAUACACGGAUGGAAAGCGCUGAAGACAGGAGAUAGCCUGGAUGGGCGAGACUUCUUCAUGGGUAGUGAUUACAGCGGCUGGUCCUGGGGCCAGGGAACAGGCAUAAAUGCCGGAGUUAUGCUCCUACAACCUGACCUCGACGUUUUUCACGAGAUGCUUGGUGAACUCUCAGAUCCACAUCAUCCGGAGCACUGUGUGGGCAAUGGCCCUGAGCAGGACUAUUUGAGCAGAUUCUGGGCAGAUGCUCCCUGGCGACACAUCGGUGUAGAAUAUAACUUUCAAAUCCACCAGAUGUUUCUGGCCCUCCAUCCCGACCGCGUGGCGAGCGCACACCGGAUACGGCUGCUGGAGGAGCAGAGCCAAAUCAAGAUAGUGCACUUCUCGGGUGAUGACAGGGCAAAGCCUUGGCGACGCAUUCUCGACGAAAGCUUGAGCGGCUACUGGCCGGACAGGGCCAAGGAUGAGGCCUUCCUGUCUCUCUUCUUCCAAGAGUUUCAGGGCUACUUGCUCUGGGUGAAGCGGGACCUUGAAUGGCUGAAGUCCGCCAAAGAGGACCCGCAUCGCGGAUGGGAGUACGCCGACCUUCAGAUCAGCGACGGGCACAUGUAUAGGCAGCCUGCCGAUGGCGAUGCCUCUGCUGUUUGUGUGACGCUGUCCCCGGAGGUUGAAAAGGCGGUGGAUGGUUUUGUCCGCACCGUUCUUAAUGAGUGGUUCGAAGCCCUCGGGGAGUUGGAGGCGGAUUUGGGCUUGAACCUCCAGCAGGAGUUGCCAAGGUGCUUGAAAGCCGCCGAGCUGGCAGAGGGAGCAGAAGGUCAGCCUGCUGCCGAACCCCCGAUCACUUUUGCACGUGAUAGCUUGUUCACCUGGAAGCGAGAUGCAGGGUGGUGGACGGAGGAUUGGCCUGCAGAGCCCUGCUUCAAAGCUACGGUGUUGUGCAGUGCUGCCGAUGCCGCGAUCUUUGUAACAUUUCUUGAGGAGUGGGCGAUCCGUGUCAGGGUUCGAUGGAUGUAA